AUGAACCAAAAGGAAUUAGAUGAAGAACAUACCUAUCUUUUAUCUGUAGUUCAAGCUUUUCAAUUAUAUGAAGAGUUUGGUAAACAAUGGGUUGUUUACCAAUUAUCAAUGUUUAAAAGUCUCAAAGAAGAAGAUAAAAAAUUAUUACCGAAUUACCAUCAGAAAUGGAAUUUAAUAUUAUGUGGAUUACAUGCAAAUCAAAUGAUUUUUGAUGCAAUUAUCAGAAAUCAAGAAGAUAUAAUCACUCAUUUACAUUUUCCUAUUCUUUCUGAAGAACAAAAACAUAAUUUAAUUCUUUCUAUAAGUGACAAUGAACGAAAUGAACUUUGUCAAAAAUUAGAUAAAGUUCGUUCAAUGUUAACUCAUUUAUAUAGAGACUGGAGUAUUGAAGGAAUAAAUGAAAGAAAACUCUGUUAUGAACCAAUUCUUCAUAGACUAAAAGAAUUAUAUCAAGACAAUAGAAAUAAUAUUAAAAUACUUGUUCCUGGAGCAGGAUUAGGAAGAUUAGCAUAUGAAAUUGCAUCAUUAGGAUUUCAAUGUGAAGGGAAUGAAUUUACCUAUUAUAUGUUAUUAACAAGUGAAUUUCUUUUAAAUGGAAUAGAAAGAAUAGGUCAAUUUAAAAUAUUUCCGUGGAUAAUGGAAACAUGUAAUUUAUUAUCAUUUAAUGAUCAAGCAAGUGUAGCUACAAUUCCUGAUAUUGUUCCAAACUUAGGGAAUCAUCAAAUGUCAAUGGUAGCAGGUGAUUUUGUUGAGAUAUAUUCAAAACAAAAAGAAUCUUUUGAUUGUAUUGUGACAUGUUUUUUUAUUGAUACUGCACAUAAUAUUAUUGAUUAUUUAAGAAUUAUUUAUUCAUGCCUUAAAUUACAUGGAAGAUGGAUUAAUGAAGGACCAUUAUUAUAUCAUUAUAAAGACAGUGAUUCUCUUUCAAUAGAAUUAAAUUGGGAAGAAAUUAAAUAUAUUAUCUCUUCAUUAGGAUUUACUAUUAUUUCAGAACGUCUUAUCCCAUGUACCUAUUGUUAUUCUGAACAUUCAUUAUUACAAAGUAAAUAUACAGCAAUAUGGUUUGAAGCAAUAAAAAAUUAA